UUCACUACGACUACUACGGAAACUGCCUCACACGGCGGUACCGACACUGUCGUCAUUGAUGUUCCUACAAGCUCAGAAUCAAGUUUGAGCUCUACUUUCAGUAGCACCCCUACUGAUGUCAGCUCAUCUGAAGUUGAAACCAACUCGCAGACUACGGAGACUUCUACUUGGACUGGAACUUUCACUACGACUACUACGGAAACUGCCUCACACGGCGGUACCGACACUGUCGUCAUUGAUGUUCCUACAAGCUCAGGAUCAAGUUUGAGCUCUACUUUCAGUAGCACCCCUACUGAUGGCAGCUCAUCUGAAGUUGAAACCAACUCACAGACUACGGAGACUUCCACUUGGACUGGAACUUUCACUACGACUACCACGGAAACUGCCUCACACGGCGGUACCGACACUGUCGUCAUUGAUGUUCCUACAAGCUCAGGAUCAACUUUGAGUACCACUUCUAGUAGCACCCCUACUGCAGUAGGCUGUCCUUCAGUUAAUCCUUCCGCUGUUGGGUUUAUUGGAUACUUUUAUGAUUACACCACUUCAGAAUCGUUAUCUUCGUAUCUUGAGGGUGAGUAUAAGUCUAAUGAAUUGGAAGAUACCGUGGAAGCUAUUGUUGAUGUUGAGAUUGUGUACGAAAGUGUAUUCACCUUAGAUUUAGAAGGUUAUUUCCUUCCUCCUUUAAGUGGUAACUAUACAUUUGAAUUGAGUAAUAUUGCAGAUGGUGCUGCACUCUCUAUUGGAGCUGAUGUUGCAUUCUCUUGUGGAAGUACAAAAUCAAAGAGAGCUGCCGCUGCCCCAUUGAUUAUAGAAGGACCAUCCGGUACUGGUGAAUUGACUGUGGAAUUAGUAGCUGGUACUUAUUAUCCAAUUAGUAUUGUGAAUAAUUACAUUGCAAGCGGUGAACAUAUUGAAUUUGUUAUUACAGGUCCAAGUGGAGUUCUUACUGUUGAACAGACUAUAUUUUACAUAGAGCAAGGUGAAACUGGAACUUCAUCCACUGGUGUUUCCAUUGCAUCGUCCACAUCUACUGUUUCUGUAACUACUCCUGUUACCACUAUCACAUCCACUUGGACUGGAACUGACACUAUCACAACUACUUUGCCAUUCAGCUCUGGUGGAACCGAAACCGUUGUCGUUGAUGUUCCAACUCCAACUGUUACUGUGACGACUACCUGGACUGGUACUACCACCGCAACCACUACAUUACCAGCAAGUUCUGGUGGUACUGUUACUGUUGAGAUUGAAAUCCCAACCUCUUUUAGUUCUAAAUUUUCACUGGUUGUUUACUGGAAUAGUAGUACUGUAUUGUCAUCAGUAUCACCAUCAUCAAGUUAUGUUAGUAGUACAGUUUUGACUUCAACUGCGGUGAGCUCAGUCCCUACUUCCAGCCCUAUAGUCAGUACAUUCCCAACAAUCGCUCCAUCCUCAUCUUCGUCAAUCGGUAGUUCUAGAAUAAGUUCUUCUAUUCCUGCCACUAGUGAUUCAACUGUUUGUCCAACAUGCAUUCCAACAUCUAUCCAGUCGACUCUGUCAGGCAAUUCUGAAGUUACCACUUCUCGAAUUUACUCUAUAUCUUCAACCAUCACGGAAAGCUCCAGCUUAAGUUCGAACAGUGGAACAUCUGAUCAAGUAUCAUCUUCAACGCAUAAACCAUCAAGUAGUACAGUGAUAGUGGAAACUAGCUCAGUUACUAGUAAAUCAACUGGAUCAUCAGGAUCUUCAAGCACAAAAACAGUGGAAACUAACACAGCUACUAGCACAUCAACUGGAUCAUCAGGAUCAUCAAACACAAAAACAGUGGAAACUAACACAGCUACUAGCACACCAACUGGAUCAUCAGGAUCAUCAAACACAAAAACAGUGGAAACUAACCCAGCUACUAGUACAUCAACUGGAUCAUCAGGAUCAUCAAACACAAAAACAGUGGAAACUAACCCAGCUACUAGUACACCAACUGGAUCCUCGGGAUCGUCAAACACGAAAACGGUGGAAACUAACCCCGCUGAUAACACACCAACUGGAUCCUCAGGAUCGCCAAACACGAAAACGGUGGAAACUAACCCUGCAUCAACAGCAACCUUAGAAUCCCCAAGUGGUACUGAUUCAAAUGUUAGAAUUCCAACCAGCUCCUCAGCUACUUCAGAAGAGACCAAUACUUCUUCUGACUCCCUUGGAAUUCCAAGUGCUUCUGUAACCUCAACUAGUGUAACAGCAACCACUCAAGAUACUGACAAUACGGCUCCAGUGGCUUCUUCAGUUCUGCUGAUGACUACAAUAGUUUCAUCUUCGUCAUCAAGUCCAAUGCCUAGCGCUAGCGCAACCGUCGAACAAGCAAAUAGUGCUUCUAAGCGUGGAUUAUCAUUUAUUUUAUUCUUGGCAACUUUAGCAAUUCAUUUUGUUUAA